AGCCGGCGCUGAGGGCCCGCCCGCCAUGGAGGUCCCGCGGGCGCUGCCGCUGCUCUUGGUGCUGUCGGUGCUGCUCCUGGGGCUCUGCGCCGCCGAAGACACCCCGCAGACAGAGUCCGACAGAUCUUCCACGGUGUCCCAGGGAGCCGGAGCAGGCGGGGAGCACACCGACACAGCCCCAGGGGACAGAGACGAGCAUAAAAACAGUGAUAACUCCAACAAUGGUGAACCCCAAACAGACACGAGCGGUAGGACCAGCACAGAUGAAAACACGGCAAACAAACAGCAGGAAAACAACCCAACUGUAAAUGGCAGCAAUGACGAGAAGGAGAAGGAGAAGAAGGAGAAAGAGGAGUCACAGAAAGGCAGCGGCACAGAGACUGGUCAGCCAGGCCAAGGUGGAAAUGGCAGUGAUGGAAACAGCAAUGGAGGAGGUGGGGGACAAGGAGGUGAAAACCAGAACAGCAACAAUGGUAACGCAGGCAGUGGUAACACAGGCAAGACAGGCAGUGAUGGCCAGGACAACGCAGGCAGCAGCACUGAUGUCCAGGCCAACCCAAACAGUGCCACUGGUAGCCAGGACAAUACAGGGACCGGCGGUGUUAGCCAGGGCAAUGAUGGCCAUGGCAGUAAAGACUCCAGCACUGCAGACACGGGCAACCAAAGCAGUGGCACUGGUGGCCAGGGCAAUACAGGGACCAGCACUAACGAUGGAAAUGGCAGCCAGAACAACAAAAACAACCAGCAGAACAGUGUCAGCAAGAACGGCCAGGCUGGCAACCAGGCAGGGGGCACUGAGGAGGAGGGCAACAAGGAUGACAAGACCAAGGGCAGCAAUGACAAGGACGGUCAGAACACAAAUGGCAGCAACAACCAGGACAACAGCAACAACAACGAGGCCAACAACGAGGGCAAGGGCAAGGACAGCAAGAGCAAGGACAGCAAGAGCACAAGUGGCAGCACCAACCAGAACAGCAACACCCAGGCCAGCACCAACCAGGACCAGAGCAGCACCCAGGAUGGCACCAACCAGGACAACAGUGACAAGAACAGGGCUGCCAACAAGGCCAGCACAAACGGGGCCACCAGCCAAGGAGGGCAGCCGGCCCAGACUGAGAGCCAGGGCAGUGCUGCUGGCGAGCAGCCCCAGGGCCAGGACAGCGCUCAGAACUCCCAGGAGGAGCAGAGCCCCGUGUCUCACUCUGCUGCCCCUGCUGGGGAUGGUGACAGCUCCUUGGAGAACGAAGAGAGCGCCCUGGAGGACGUGGGCAAGGCUGGGGAGGGCAGUGACACCUCCCUGGAGCAGGACAGGGACAGGAGUGGUCCCUCCCUGCCCAGGCCCCGCUCGGAGAGCAGCCACUUCUUUGCCUACCUGGUGACCACAGCUGUCAUUGUGGCAGCCCUGUACGUGGCCUACCACAACAAACGCAAGAUCAUUGCUUUUGCUCUGGAAGGAAAAAGAUCCAAAACUGGUCGGCGGCCCAAAUCUGGUGAUUAUCAGAGACUGGAUCAGAAGAUCUAAUUCCUGCUCAGAUGAUGGCGGGGGUGCAGUGCUGCCACAGCUGGAUUCCACUCCACGGCAAGGAGGGGAGAUGCUUUUUGUUUUGCACCUGCACCUUGAUAAAACCUCUCACUUCCCUGAAUUGCUCCUUUCCCAGCUGCCUUGUUUUCCCCCUGGGUGUCUGACUGCUGGAAAAGCCAGACCCAGGAUUUGUGUCCCAAUGCAAUGGAAUUUGCCAUCUGCUGGACUGACCCCUCCUUCUGGGGGGGAAUUAAGGAUCUGCUGCACAAUGAGCCAUGGGACUGUCCCUUGCCUGGGAACGAAGCUGCCUUGGUCUCCUCCUGCCCCUCCUUCUCCACCUGUUGGGUUUGGAUGCUCAGGUUGGGAGCACCUGAGUUCUCUUGUUUGCCAUUGACCCAGCACAGACUUGGAUUUGGGGUUUCUCUCCCUGAUCAGUCUCACACCCAGAUUCCCUUUUUCACACGCACCUCUGGCCAUGCUGAAGCAGUUUUUGUAGCUCAAACGCUUUGUGCUGCAUGCAGGUCUCUUCCCUCCCAGUGCUCCCAGUUCAGCUGUGUGCACUGGGGGUGCUGGUUGUGGAGGAGGGGCUCACGCUGGGCUAUCCAUGCCCUGUUGGCUCAGGGAUUCAGAUGGGAUGAUUGCUUCCUGCCCUUGGCAGGUGCAGGAAGGAAGGAAUGUCAGUCCCUGAGGAGUUUGGGAUGAGGGAGGCUCCCAGUCCCUCCAGUGCUGGACUGGUACUGGUCAGCCCAAGGGUUGGUGCCUCACUCACACCUGUGAGGUUUUCAUUACUGCAGCUCUACUCCCCAGAGGUUUCUUCAAGCUGGGAUGUUUCUGGAGAGGGCACAAAGUACCUGCUUGGCUCCUGCUUUGGAUUUUUCCAGAAAAAAAAAAGGAUUUGAGGAGCCCAGAGCUCCUCACAUGGGCACCCAGCUCUGCCACAUCAGGUGCCAGGCGUGUGCCAGUCCUGCACUGACUGCACGGGAAGAGUCCCAGGAUGGGUAAAUUCCUCCUGGGGGGCUUUUUCUGGCCUUGCCAGGCUUGGGAACCAUCAGCUCCUCGCCCUGUGCUCACCUUGGACAAGGGCAGAGCUGUUUCCUGGUCACUGUGAAAGCUGCAGCUCUGUUUUGAUUUCCUAAUGGUUCAUUCCAAGAGGGGAGAGAGGGCCUGGCCUUCUCCAAACCCUAAAAUCAUCCUUUCCCCUUUUGCUGGCUCUUGGCAAGCAUCAGAGUCCCUCUUGGCUUUGAAGAGUUCUCAGGGUUUCCCUAGGAAACAUCUAGGAUGCUAAAAGGACUUCCAGGAGUUGUUUGGAGGGAGGGCAAAGGGAAACAGGGCUGGGAAUGCAGCUCUGGGGAAAAAGGGUGGGAAGCUCCUGGCCCGGAGCCCCUGGGGGAUCAGCCAGGCUGGGGGCUGGGGAGGGGAGCACUCGUUGGGCACGGCAGGGAGACAAACCCUGCUGCAGUCUGUGGGGUUCUGUGCUGCUCUGGCCAGGGUUUUUGCAGUGUGUGUGCUUUUUGGAGUGCGACUGCUCUACGCUGGCUUCGUCCUGGUUUGUCUUUUUUUUUUUUUUUAAUUGAAUAAUAAUUUAGAAAGGCUUUUUAUUUUUUCACCGUCUACUUGCUUUUCUAUCCUGGGAGCUGUUUCAGACCCUCUCUUGCUCCAGGCUGUGGGAAUCCCACCCUGCUGCCAGCAGGGGAGGGGAUAUUUUGGACCUCAAGCACCGAUCCCAGUUGAGCCAAGCAUUCCUUAGGGUGAUGAGGACACACCUCAGGGUCUGGGGAGGGGCAGGGCUCACAGCAGCCUGAACUGGGGCCUUUUCCCCCAAAAUCUCCCCACCAGCACUUCCCGAGGCUGCUGUGUUCUGCCAACAGCCUGGGCUGCCCCAAACCUCUGGGGUUGCUCCCAGUUUGUUGGGUUUAUGGUGUUUAUGCAACGUGUCCCAAAGGGAUCAAGGUGCACAGAACCUUCUCCCUUUGGACACACGUGUUUUCCAUGGAUGCUGUCUGUUGGUACAGAGGGGGUUUUUGCCAAAUAUUCCUACUUCUUAGGCUUGAACCAGCACAUGAUUUGUUUUCUGCUGCAGUGCAAUGCACCUUGCUUGGAAGGAUCAGAAUUUUUUACAGUUCUUUGUACUGUUUUUCUUUUAAUUUUCUGUGUGGUGAAAUCAGUAAAUGGAUUAAAAGAGACACAAAAGGUUGAAUUUUCA